CUGUGCUAGACAUAUCCAAGACGAAAAUGUAUGAGUACCAUUAUGAUGUCAUGCAAAGGCAUUAUGGAGACAGGAUUAAACUAAUGUACACUGACACAGAUUCACUGAUAUAUUAUAUUGAAACCCAAGAUUUUUAUGUAGACUUGGCUGCUAAUUCUAAUCUACUGGACCGGAUGGAUACUGCUAACCUGUCCAGUGACCAUCCGUGUUAUGUGGCAACCAGAAAGAAGGAGCCGGGGUUCUUCUCCGAUGAAGUGGACGGGGAUAUUAUUACAGAGUUUGUUGCGUUGAGGGCGGAAUCAUAUGCCUUCAACAUAUAUGCUAGAGAGGACAGAGUAGGAGGAGAGAAGAUCAAAGCGAAGGGUAUCAGAGCUCAUGUGGUUAAAAACCAUAUGACUCUCGAGGACCAUAAAAAGUGUUUGUUUGAUGCAGAUGGAGUGGAGGCGUACAAGGAGAAUGUUUCGAUCAGGUCGUUUAACUACCAACUCAUGACGAUAAAGACCAGAAAAUUAACGUACAACAAUUAUGAUGAUAAGAGGGUGGUACUAGAGGAUAAAAUAAAUACACUGGCGCAUGGCCAUUAUAGUAUAGAGGAAGAUGUCUUAUGGCCUGAAUUAGAUGAAGAAGGACAGAACUGGAACGAGGAAGAGAAAGGAUUAAUGAAAAGCCUUCUACAUUACAUAACCUGAUUUUAUAUACUAUAUUUUUUUUCUAUUAAUUAGUUUUAUUGUAAAUAUUAAACGUUAUAUAGUUUGUUAUAUAU